AUGGCUCCCACAAAGAAGGGCAGCAAGAAGAAGGGCCCAUCUGCCAUCGACAAGGUGGUAAACAGAGAAUACACUAUCAACGUUGACAAGCACAUCUAUAGAGAGUUCAAGAAGCGUGCCCCUUAGGCACUCAAAGAAAUCCAGAAAUUUGUCAUCAAGGUGAUGGGAAUCCCAGGUAUACGCAUUGACACCAGGCUCAGUAAAGCCAUCUGGGUCAAAAGAAUAAGGAAUGUCCCAUACCAUAUCCGUGUGCGGUUGUCCAGAAAACCUAAAGAAGAUGAAGAUUCACCAAACAAGCUCUACACAUUGGUUACCUAUGUACCUGUUGCUACUUUCAAAAAUCUACAGACAAUUAAUGUGGAUGAGAACUACUGA